AUGCCCCACCUUGCAAAAGACCGCUUCGGUUGGAUACUGGCGGGCCGUUCGCGCAACGUGUCAGGGACGUCGGCGGGUGCGCAGUCUUUUCACGCGUCAAUUACUAACACGCAAUUACACGAGCAAUUGGCGCGAUUCUGGGAUGUAGAAAAUGUAGCUGCUGCAUCCGACACGCGUACGGCUGAAGAAGCGUAUUGCGAGGAGCAUUUCAUCCAGAACAUGUCCCGCAACGAGCAGGGUAGAUUUAUCGUGAAGCUGCCCUUCACGGAAUCGGGGGCGCAUGCGUUUGUCAAUUCCAAGAACAUUGCUCUAAAGAGAUUUGGAGCCGUCGAAAGACGGCUUAGUCGCGAUUCGAGCCUCGACGAGCGAUACUCUCAAUUCAUGAGCGAGUAUAUCGCUCUGGGUCAUAUGAGGCAGAUAGAUGAAAAAGAGGGGGAGGACUCAGAGUCCUUUUACUUACCGCAUCACUGCAUUAGUAAGGCGCCGGCAUACGGUAAAUUUCGUGUAGUGUUCGAUGCAUCCGCCAAGGACGCGGCGGGAGUUUCCUUAAACGACGUGCUUAUGGUCGGCCCGACAGUGCAGCAGGAUUUGUUCACGAUCCUGUUGCGCUUUCGCACGUUUCGUUACGCGUUAUCAGCCGACGUUGUAAAAAUGUACCGUCAAAUACAGGUGCAUCCGUCGCAAACGCGCUAUCAACGUAUUCUUUGGCGUGACGAAUCCGCUUCUAACAUAGCGGCAUACGAACUACUUACGCUGACUUAUGGCACGUCCCCAGCAUCUUUCUUGGCCACGCGAUGUCUCACGUGGUUAGCGGAACAUUCCGCAGCCGAAUGGCCCCAUGGCGCGAUGUGCAUCGGGCGCGAUUUUUAUGUCGACGACAUGCUCACCGGAGCCGACACAAUGACGGAGGCACUAACGAUACGCAACGAAACGAUUAAGGUACUGCGCACAGGUUCCUUCGAGCUUGGCAAAUGGGCAUCCAGUCACCCGGAAUUGUUGGUGGGAAUCAAAAAUCAAAGCGAUAAUCCGGUAGUGAUUCAAAAUAAUCCGGAGUCGUCCGUGUUAGGCAUCCAUUGGAUCCACUCGCGCGACGCGUUCCGUUUCUCUUACAACCCCGAUGGAGACGCCACAGUGGUUUCCAAGCGAAACAUAUUAUCGGAAAUUUCGAGGCUUUAUGACCCUCUCGGGCUGCUAAGUCCAGUGAUCGUUCAAGCAAAAUUAAUUUUGCAGGCGCUUUGGCAAAUGGGCGCUCAUUGGGACGAGUCCAUCCCUCAAGACCUGCAUACGCGGUGGGCAGCAAUUAAAUCACAGCUAGCGGACAUUAAUCAGCUCUACAUUCCGCGAUGCGUUAAGUAUUUCGCGCGAUUCGGCCUAGUGCAGAUGCAUGGGUUUUGCGAUGCAAGCCAGCGAGCGUACGGGGCAUGCGUUUAUCUGCGAUCCGAACUCGAGAAUAAUGCAUAUCGUGUUGAGCUUUUAUGUUCCAAGUCCCGCGUGGCGCCUCUCAAGGCCCUGUCGCUGCCGCGGCUCGAGCUUUUAGCAGCGCUUCUAUUAGCCCGAUUAAUGCGCAAGAUUCAGUCAGCGCUUGACGUAUCCGGCAUGCAAGCAUCUGUGGUCGGAUUCAACGAUAGUACUCAAUUGGAUAUCGUCCCCGUCGCGAAAAUGGUCGGUAUUCGUGGCACACAGAAUCGGCGAGAUUUAGGAUUUAACCGACGCGGGAAAUUGGCGUCACGUCAGAUCGGAAGAUUAUUGUCCCGCGGGUUAGACCCACACGACCUAGCGAGGUCGGCAAUGUGGUGGCAUGGGCCAGUCUUUUUACAGCGCAAUGAAGAAUUGUGA